AUGGAUGUUGCUAAAGAAUUGGUGUUAAGAAUGAAAAAGAUAAAUAAAUCACAUGUAGGAUACGGUUUGCAAGCUGAAAGUGAAGCAUUAGUAGGUCAUAUUUUACAAAAUAUGGCUAAAUCAUCCAUGCCGACAUUUAAAGUUGAUAAAAAGAAUGAAAAAGAUUGUUUGCGAUAUCGCGAAGAAGGAAACCAACACUUUGUUGCUGGAGAUGAUCAAGAAGCAAUAGAAAGUUACACCCGGUCACUAGCUUACGCAAACACAAAUAAACUAAUGGCCCACGCGCGCGCUAACCGUUCCGCGGCUUUGUACCGCAAGGAGAUGUACAAGGAGUGUAUCAUCGACAUUCAAGCGGCUCUGGAACUCGGAUACCCCGAAGACAAACGCAAGAACUUGCAAGACCGCGGCUUGAAAGCUAUGGCAAAACUGAACCAGGUCAAAGCCAACGGCGAGGACAAGGACGACCGCCCAAGUGCGGAUGCUGAGUCUCUGAUAAUAACCGACUCUGCGGAGACUGGCGACAAAAAAGACAUAAGUGACGUAGAAAUAAAGCAAGACGCUGACGAUGAUAAGUUUGUAAAGCCGAGGUAUUUAUCCAACCCGGAAGUCAUGUCCGUUCCUUAUGGUCAGAGUGAGGAAGCUCCUGCAAAUAGCAAAGGUAUAGCUAUUAAAUAUUCCGAAGAAUAUGGACGUCAUUUAGUAGCCACUGAACAUUUCAAAGCUGGGGAAAUACUUACUGUUGAGAAACCGUACAGUUGGGUCAUUUAUCGUGACAAAUUUUACACCCACUGUCAUCAUUGUUUAGAGCAAUCCAGCUGCUUGAUACCAUGUCCUCAUUGUCCAAUAGCUCAGUACUGCAGUGAAAAGUGUCGUCUAGAAAGUUGGAACCUGGCUCAUAAUAUAGAAUGCUCUGUACUGAGUGUUCUCCUGAAUCUCUUGAAUGUCGAUGAAGACAAAAUACGCAUGGUUAUGAAAAUAAUACGUCUGAUGGUAACGGUAACAUCUGGGGGAAAUAAAAUUGAUGAUUUACGUAAAGAUAUGGCGAUUGCUGAAUCAAAUCUUGAUAAUAGGACAGCUGGGUUUACUGAUAAAGGAGCUUUAGAAAGUACCAGCGCAAGAUCUGCUUUGAGUCUCGCUACCAAUAUGACAACACGUCCGCUUAUUGGUAUCAGCGCAUUUGCUUGCAUUUCGGCACUGACUGCAAUGUUACUGUCAACUCAAACUAAAUUUUUUGGUAAAAAGUAUCAACUUAGUGAACUUAAAGAUAUUAAUAAACUACCGGAUAUUAAAUUUUGCGGGAGUAUUAUGCUCAGAGCUUGUGUCAUUACUUCGUCAAAUUGUUUUUCGAUCCAACCGGAACCGGGAAUAAAAGUUGGGUCAGGUCUCUAUGUAGCUCAUAGUCUGUACAAUCACUCGUGCGCAGCAAAUACCUUUAGACACUUCGAAGGUCUCACGAUGAUAACACGUGCGAUGGAGCCGAUUCGUCCUGGGGAUCAAGUAUUUACAGGAUACGGUGCUGAUUAUUCUUACAUGGGUCUUGCCGAGCGCAAAGACAAACUGAUGGAUGAGUACUUUUUUGAUUGCCAGUGUCCGGCCUGUGUCAACGACUGGCCGACUUACAAAGUUAUUCUUGAUAAGCAUCUGGGCUCCAUUAAGAGGAACAAGAAACUCGUUGAUCGGCUGAAACCAUACAAACAGAGAUUGUUAACAGACAAGUAUGACAUUGAUGCGGUAAAGCACGUGCUUGAUAUUCUUUACAGUGACCCGACGGUGUCUAAGCCCUGCGAAGAAAUUCUACAUGCGGUACAUUAUCUUAGAUGUUAUUAUUUAGGUAAAUUACACAAGAGUAAAUAGUAGGGGUGUGCGAAUAGUUCGAACUUACGAAUUAUUCAUAUCGAAUUGAAUCGAAUUUUUAUUAGUAAUUAUUCAUAAAUUUUCGAAUUAUUAGAAAAUUUACUAAUAAUUCAAAUUUUUGUCUGAGGUAAAUAGAACUCAGACACAAAUCUACGAAAAAAUUAUUUUUUGUUACUUUAAAAAUUAAACUAUCCAUUAAAUAAAAAUUAAAUAUUUGCAAGAUGAUGAGAAUUUUAUCGAUUCAACUCGAAAAGAUUCGAAUUCAUUAAAAAAUUUGAAUUAUUAGAAAAGUUAUGGUUAAUUAAAAAAUUUUUGGAUAGUUAUAAAGUUGAAGAAUAAUUCGAAAAGUUACGAAUGAUACGAUGUUCGCGGAUAAAAUAUCCCCGACAAAAUACCCGCGAUAAAAUAUCCGAAUACAAAUUAUCCGAUAGACAAAAUAUCCCCGGAUUAAAUAUUGAAGAGACAAAAAUUCGUAACAAAAUAUUCUGUCGAUAAAUCUUAUUCAGAAAAAUAUAUUUUCAGUGAAAAAAUAAUUAAUGGUUUUCGAUAAACGGGUAUCGUACCAUUCCAAGCAUAUGUGUUGACCUGUUUCCAAAAUAAUACCCACCCGAAAUCUGUGAAAAAAGGACACAGUACGAUUUCAAGCAUAUGUGUUGAUCUAUUUUUUACAUCACACACUCACAUUUUAUGUGCAAAUAUAUUAAACAUUUCUGAUAAAAGGGUACCGUACUAUUUAUAUAAAAAGCAUUUAUAUUAUAAGAUAUUUUUUGGGGAUAUUUUGUCUAUCGGAUAAAAUGUAUUCGGAUAUUUUAUCGCGGAUAUUUUGUCUUUGGAUAAUAAGUGACGGUACCGAAUAAUUAAAAAAUUUUAAUUAUUCGAUUUGAGUUUCAAAUCGAAUAGUUAAAUUCGAUUUACUUCGAUUCGAACCUGAUUCGCAUACCCUCAAUAAAUAGAUAGUGACAGCUUACUUGCUUUUUUAACGCUUAUUGGCUUAAUGAUUAUAUUUAUUGUAUUUUCUUUUUCUUUUGCUUUGUUGGAUGCCGCAGCUACGCCAAUUUUUCAUGUUUGCUAUCGCAUAAAAAUAAAAUUAUUAUGAUUAAUUAUUUAUAACUUUAAUUAAUUAAAUUUUUUUUCUUUUAGAUCCUUAGUCGACGUGGAAUUAAAAUACAAAUUUUUUACUAUGUAAUACAAUUUUUAUUACUUUUUAGUUAUUACUGUGACAAGUUCAUUUUCAAAGGUGUGAUAAUUAUAAUCAUUAUUGUAAUUAAUUAAGAGAAGUUUUCAGUGAGAAGAAAUUUGUUUUUUUUUUUAUCAACACUAAUUAUUUUUCAUGGAAAAAUUAUUUUUACAAAUCUAAUUACGUUCAAAUUAUUAGAUAAAUUUAAAUGAUUGAGUCUCUCUUCAAAUGCAGUCGUAAAAAUUGGCGGCAAAUAAAAUGAAAAAGUUUUAAUUUUUAAAUUAAAUUAGUCAUCAAUCGGCUGAAUAAAAUUUUUUUAAUUAAUUUAACAUUUACAUUAAAAAUAAAUAUUAUUUUUAACCCACGCGACUCUAAUUUAUUUAGUGGGAAAUUCAAAAUUAAAUAAAUAAAAUUUUCUGUAUCAGUUACAAUGUCAGUUUUUAAAAACUAAUUGAAACUAAUUAUAUAUAUAAUUAGUAAAUAUUAUUGUAAUUAAAAAUUAAAAUAUGCAUUUAUUUUAUCCGCAUAAUAAAUUUAAACUUUCGCACAUGUGUCUAAAAAAAUUUUAGUUUUAAAUUUAAUAAUUUACCCGCCAAAAUAAAUUUAAAAAUUUCAUUACAUCAAUUGACGGCUGAUUUACACCCAAAUUUUAUUAAAUUAAAAAAAAACGUGGAACGAAACUAAAAAAAUUUUUUAAUGAGUAGCGAAACUGAAAGCUUCUCUUAAUUAUAAUUAUAAAUUAACAAUAAACAUUAAAUAUCAUCAUAUAUUUAUUUCACUCAUAUCAGAAUUCUAUGUGCUAUUGUAAAAUAAAAAGUAUAAUUUAUGUGUAGGAAUGUACACAUCCAUUUUUUAUUUAAUUGUAAUCAUAAUCAUAAUCGUAAUCAUAAUCACAGAAAACAAACAUAUAUAUAAAUAUAUAAUUAGCGUAGAAAUUUACUAAUACGAAGUAGAAGUUUGAAUAUUUCUUUAAAAAAAAAAAAUGUGAGACAGUAAUUAUUGUUAUCAAUUAAAAUUAAAUAAUAAUGAAUAAUUAUGAGCAGUAAAUUUAUUAGAAACGAUUAAUAUUUGAGAAUGCAGCGAAGAGCGGUUGAGAUGUUGAAGUUGAAUUGGAAGCUGGUUGUGAAUCUCCGAUACUUUUAAGUAAAUUUCCUUGGAGAAGACUAUCGAGAGCUUUUUGUACUGUCGGAUCAUUAAGCAAAGGCGAUGGUGUCACUGUCGCUGUACCUGUUACUGAUGACGCUGAUGGAGUUGCUGUUGUUGAUGCUGGCAACACGAUUUAUUAACUUACAUUUUUUAUCUUAUUACUAAACUAUAUAUAAAUAAAUAAAUAAAUAAAUAUUAUAAUUUAUAAA